ACAUCAUGUUUACAAGGUUGCUUCGUACGUGUGACGAUCGAAGAAGAAAUCGAAGGCAGGUGUUGUUGAGUGGGUGAAAUCUCUCGCAAAAUCCUCGAAAAUGAGCUCAGAACAGUAUUCAAGCACAGCGCAGUCUCCACCACCAUAUCCUGGAGGACAGGAAUAUCAAACUAAACAACCCGGAGCUACAUAUCCACAACAACCUGGCUACCCAGUUCAACCCAGCGGCCCCACAACAACUACAGUGGUGUAUCAACAGCCUCAUGUCAUGAUGGCCAUGCAGCAGUUCAAUGAGUUUCCAGUAUCAAUGAAGUGUCCUUACUGCCAAGCAACUAUUGUUACCGCUACUGAUUUCACACCAGGUACUUUGACAUGGCUGUCCUGCGGUGCUACAGCUCUUGUUGGGUAAGUAUACGUCGAGGAUUAUCGGGUAUUGGGCUAAUAGCCACAAUCCUCGCCAGCUUCGGUGUUUACUGGCUAAAACAACUUUGGAGAAGGGAGGGGGAAAGAUGUUUCAUUGAUUUCGUCUGAGUCUGUAGUUGCUUCAAUUAACUAAUUAACUUUAUUUCACCCAGUCUGCUUUUUAAGGGUUUACCUCGGUGUAAGAACCUGUGAACUUUUUGUACCUUUUGUUUUUCUAGGUUUUAUUGUGCUGACUUCUUUGUUUUCUUUGUUUUACGUCACCGGUGGGUUCUUACACCGAGGAUGAGCCACUUUUAUCUAAUAAUUUAACUUACAAGACUAUAGUUUCCCACCCUGCGAGAGGCUACAUUUUCGCUGUGUGAGCCUGUUGUGUGAAAAGUAGCCUCUGCCGACAACCGUUCAAAUCUGUCUAGAAAACUGGACAAAUAAAUUAAAAAACUGGGUUUUUCCUGUUCUUGACAAAUUUAGAGCAUUGCGUGAGUCUUAAGUGUGUCUUGCGUAGCAGAAUAUCAGAGUUGUCAAAAUUUUUUUUAUUCCUGUGAAACUCGUGCCAUUUGAUGACAGACCUGCUGAUGAUUGAUUUUGCUUGGGAAUCGCAUGACGAAUUUCGCACAUGCAUGUUAGAAAAUUGAAUGGUUGUCAGCAGAGGCUUCUUUUUGCACGUGAGGUCACCCUUCGAAAAUGUAACCUCUGCUCACAGGGUAAAUGUUUCCCAUCUCGUCUCUCGUAUAAUUUUCAGGUCUGUCAACUCUCCCGGGUAAUCCAGGAGACGUACUCCAGGUUUUGAACCAUUUCUCGCGGUCUCCAGAUUAGAGUCUGAAAUCUCCCGGAUAAUCGCUGAAGUUUGUCAUUUCUUGUAGAUUCAACAAUGAAAUUUCAAAUAUUGUACGGUUUUUUGAGCUAUUUUACUGUUGACAUUGAACGUUUCCUCACAAACUCCGGUAUGCCAUUGUAAUAUAAGCAAUAAUUUGAUUGGUGGGAAGUAAACCAAUUAGGUCAAAUGUUACAAUUCCAACAACAUCUUUUUCUCACGUUUUUUUGUUCCCCAAAUGACAUCAUGUGCUGUGCAUUAUGACGUCAUCUAUCACCCCUUUCCCAUCAAUUUUCAAUAUUUGAAGACAUGUGGGGUUGACAGCCCUGAAUUUGUACUAGAUAAGACUUCCACACAGCCCCAUACAUUUAUUUUCCAUACAUGUUUUGAUGCAUUUCCUUUUCAAGUUAACUUUGUGUGAAAUAGUACGAGAUUGCUUGAAUGGUUUUAUGUGGAAUUCUUACCCAUUAGAUGCUGAAGUAUCUACGUAAAAGAAGUGGAUUGUUCCAUAGACAGCUUUAAUUUACAAGGGAAUAAACAUUUAUGCUUUUGCAGUUGGCAAAUUCUGGCCAACUAGUGUUUUUUUCUCCUUGGCUAUCCAACACGCUAUCUUGAUAAGGAUAGCUAGUGGUUUAAUUAUUAGGAAGCAAGACAUUUGAAAUGGCAGCUGAAAAUAUCCUCCAAAAACUGUUUGGAACUUGCCGUGUAAAUAGAUGUUUAGCCCGCUUAGCUGGCGCAGUUAGAAAUUGUAUGCGACUGUUCACGGCAAAGAUCACAAAAGCACCUUAGCCAUAAGAAGAAUGGAUGAAGCAAGUUGAGAUCCCGCUUAUCGUUAAUAUUUGGGAAUUAUGAAAAUAUAUUUAGUCCAACUAUUUGGUAAACAGAAGUCUUGGUGAUGAGAUGUCAAUCAAAAAUUAUGUUAGUUGAUUUGUGUUGUCAGUCCAAGAUGAGAAAACAGCCAACAUUUUUGUGAGGCCACCACUGUUUUCCCUGCACAAUGACGUCUAAUACAACCCAUCAACUUUUGUUUGUUUUUCAUUUGGAGUCUGCAGUGUCGCACUAAUUACCAGGAAAAUGUAGCAAAAGUUAGAUGAUGGCCCACCAUGAAAAAAGGCAAAUUUCGUUGAAAGUGAUGGAGCUUAGCCAAGACCAUAAUGUUAUUGAUAUAGGCAAAAAAUAUUGUCCUCCUUCAUGCCUGCCUUGUGCUUGCCUUUGCUUGCCUGAAAAAAGCAAAAAGAUAAUGCCUGUUCUGCAAGCUAUAAUAGUAUCGAUCACAGAUUAAUAAAGAAUGACCGAGACUCCAAUUUGUGUGUGAAAUCAUAUGUUUCAAGGCAGGGGAGAACCACAGGUACCCCAAGUUCACAUGUAAGAAUUGUUGUUGCAUAACAGAAAUAUUAUAAGGGGUUUGUGUGGGGAUUUUACCACUUGUUUAUUAGGAAUCAAUAAAUAAAAGUGCAUAAGAACUCCUUGAUUUUAUUUACGGUGUGCUGUCGUGUCACAUCACGUUUUUAAUGUGAAAAAGAGCCUAUUAGCUUGCAUGAAUAUUGAGUUAAAUGUGCCUCACAGAAAAAAUAAUCGCGAUUCUUGAUUUUUUACCCCAUAACAAAAUUAGCAAGCAUUCUGUUGACCCGAGUUUAAUUUUAUUAGCUCUAAUUAAUUGUUGACUUAGGCUUUUUGUUUCAUCUGGUGUAUUUCUGGAAAUAAGCUUUAAAAAAUAUUGUGUAAACAUAUAGUGGUAUUACAUUGUUGAGAAUUUUAAUCUGGAUUCAUGGAACCAUUCAAAAAGUGAAGAUGUCUGGCUAGAAUCUGCUGACACUCACUCCUGUUUACGAGGUUUAUAUAGUCUUUUAUUAUAUAGACACGAGUGUUUUACUGGAAAAUAUACCACUCGUAAAAUUCAUAAAAACUACAUCCGGGACCCGAGUGGUUUAGUUUCCGUAAUCUCCUAUGUGAGUUUAUCGAUGACGUAAUUUUGGUAAUUUCCCUCUAUUAUUUUAUUGAUGUCAUUUUGUCUAUAUAAUAAAAAGAACAUUACACAGCGGCUUGAAGAUUAUAAAUUUUAUUUUCUCGUGGCAAAAACAAUAUUUUACUCACUCGCUGCGCUGACGUUUGUAAAAUAUUGUUUUGCCACUUGAAAAUAAAUUCAUAUCUUUGCGCCACCGUGUAAUAUCGUCUAUAUAAUACUGGCUGAUCAGGAAGAAUUAAAUAGUGAACUUUUGCUUAUUUAUUUAACAACUACAUGGAUGUACAUAGAAGUCUAAUGUAGAUUUAAACAUUAAGCUCAUUCUAAUGGUUAAAUUUGUUUAUACAUUUAUCCAGUUGUUGGCUCGGUUGUUGCUUGAUCCCAUUCUGUAUUGAUGCUCUCAAAGAUGUCAUCCACAGCUGCCCCAACUGCAAGAAGCAAGUGGGUGUCUUCCGUCGCAUGUAGACUGAUGAUGCUGGAUUUUCAAAACACAUGCAACAUAUAACUCCUUAGUGUAGGCACUGACCUGUUAUUCAUUUUUUUAUUUUAUUAUCCACCAUCCAGAUUACCAUGUUCAUUUUGUAUCAAGUGCAAAGAUUUUAUUUACCUACUACAUGGUAGUAGUGAUAGGUGUAGUGAUUCUUCUAUGUGUCAUCGUGUAUAUUUUAUUUAAAAUAUAGUUAAGCAGUGAACUGGACUUAUAAUUACAUUUAUUAGUUCUUACAGGAUUUGAAUUUUGUUUAUAUCCUGCUUAUUCAUAUACCAUAUUUAAACUACCUGUGAGACAUCUGAUAUUUGAUUUUCAAAUUUCAUAUUUAAUAUUUAUUCAGUGUGUGAUUGUAUAUGGACCUCAGUGGUCAGUGCAAUAUGAUGAAUCAUUAUUGUGAUUAGCUAAAUACUGCUUAUUUGCUGAGUACUGACAGAGAAAACGAGCCUAAUAAGAUGUAUAUUAUAUUAUAUGCUGCGGGAUAAAAUCCCGCUCAUGCUGAUGUGAAUUAUUUUUCCUUUUACAUUGACUUAAACUUUGACAAUAUUUGUUGAGCAGAAACUAGGUCUCUGAGUCAAGGUAUUUUGUGUGCUUCUGUCAGGAAGAGAGGGCUGGGUUAUGCUUUUCCUCAAA